AUGACAUCCCUCUCCUCCCCUAUCGAUGUGAUCUCCACCUCGAAUGUAACCAAACAGGGGUGGCAAACUCUCGUGAUAUUCCCGCCAGCCUUACAUACCCUGGAUCUCCAUUGGACCGGAUCAUGUCAACUCGCUGCAGUGCGGGUGCAGCUCCGCCUCUUGUGGUGGUUCAUCGAGCAUCCAGCGGGGGAAGACGUCCUUAGCAUUUUGCGCGCUCGCAUGGAUCUGGGUCGCCUGUUAAAGGGCGUGCUCAGUGAUAUUGGGCCCGCGGGCCCACAGCAUCUGGAAUUAGCAAUGGACUGGCUAGCAUCGAGAAGGCCUGACGACCUCGCGCCCUUUCCCUUGUCUGCCUAUACGGGCUUGCAGACUUUCACGCUGCACUUCAUCAUCAGCUCGAACCGCUGGACCGAAUACUCUCAUCUGUCCGACAUCAACGCACUGCUGGGAUGGCUCGACUCCCCGUCCUUGACUACGAUCACUCUGGCCGUCCAUACGUCGAUCAUGCGGGACACGCAGUUCCCCUCGGUCGAGGCGAGGGACGUGCAAUGGGAAGAGCUGCGCGCUCUGGAAUGGCGGGACAUGGAGAGGCUGCUUGUGCAACCUAAGUUUGCAGGGCUGAAGAAGCUCGUCAUUUAUGGAGGAGGCGAUGACUCCAUUCUGCGUUCGCACCUACAACGAGUGUGUCCGACGUUGCAUGGCCGCGGUCUCAUCGAUCUGGCUUAA